UACAAUUAGGACCCAUCCAUACACUCACCGACUGAUUCCAGUUUGUGCAAUUGCUGUUCUGAGGAUCGCCCACGCCUUCCACGCAACAUGUCCAAGCUCGGUGCUCUCUUCGCCCUGAGCUGCCUGCUGGCCUUGGCCUUGGCCGAGCCACGCCUUCAGCAGCGCCAGCUCCUCCGCCAUCAGCAGCAGCAGCAGCAGCAUCUCCAGCAGCAGCACCCGUAUCUCUUCCUGUCCAUACCCAGUGGUCUACCCAAUGCUGGUGCCGUUGUCCAAGGCUUUGAGAUUGUUGAGGAGUCCGAUGAUGAUGACGACGACGACGUGGCGCAGCCUAUCCAUCCUAAGGAUGAUGAUGAUAAUGACGAUGAUAAUGGUGAGGAGCUCAACGACGACGAUGAGGAUGAGCUGGAGCACCAGCUGGGCCUCAACUUUGCGCGCCACGGCCAGUUGGUUCUGCUUAACAACAAGAACAAGAACAACUUCCAGGAUGACGAGGAUAUCGAGGAUGAUGAUGAUGAGGACGAUGAGCCUGUCCAGGCCUUGGUUAACCUCCGCAAGACCCCCAACCUCAACCUCAAUCUGAACCAGGCCAACGGCCAGCCCAGCGGCCAUCAGCUUCUGAAGAACGCAAAGCCCACCCAAAUGGUGAUCCCCAGGGAUCAGGCUGGUGCCAUCAUGGUGCCCGACGGCAUCAUUGAGAUCGAGGGCCAGAGCGUCGUCGAUGAGAAAACUGGCAAGGCUGCCCUUCUCGUACCCCGUGCCGCUCUUGAUGCCAUUCCCGACGGCGCCGUCGUCGCCCUCAUGGAGCGCUCGGCCUCCGCCGCCGACUCCGAUGCCGUCGAGGAGGAGCGCGCCAACCGCGUCGUUGUCCGCCGCCGCAAGAAUAACGGACGUCGCAAUAUUCGCCGUCGCGGCUCAAACGGACGUCGUCGUCGUCGUCGUGGUGGUGCCUCCGGCAACAGGAGACGCCGCGUCGGUGGCAACCGUCGGCGUAACGUACGCGUAAUCCGACCCACCGGCAACCGGCAACGCGGCCAGCGACGCCGCGGGGGUCAAGUCGUCCUGCAGGGCUAACGACGCCGUUUACCAGGAGGAUUGUGGAUUUAGGAGAGAGGUCCUUUCUCUGACGAUCCCAUUUCCAUAGUAUUAUAGUUAAGAGCUAAGCCGAACCUCUGCACCUGACAAGAAAUCUGCGAAAAAUUGAUAACGAUUUGAUGACGAAA